GCGUAAGUGUUUUUGGAGUCUCAACCUUGUGAAAAAGAUGACACCAUAUGAAUAUGCGCGGAGCAAAAGAAUUGAAGUUAUUAAUGAAAAGAUUCACGCUCUCAAUCUGCCAAUUCUCGCCCAAUCCCUUGUCAAAUCGUCUUCUGCCACUAAAAAACCUUCAUCGUCUGUGAAGGGUCGUUCAAGGUUUGUACAACCUGGAGCUCUUGAGGUAGCAAACAAGAAGCGCCUUCGUUCGCAUGACUUACCACAAGCCCCUCCACCACCCACACAUGUGACACAAGCCCCUCCACCACCCACACAUGUGACACCACCACCUGCACCAGUCCAAGAGACAUAUCCACUAACUAGCAAGGUGACAACACUGCCGAAAAUAGUCGAGGUGACUGAACUGCCAUCUUCCCAGGCCACAUCACAUAAUCAUUCUAUUCCAUUCCCUGAUUCUGAAGAUGACGUGUUAGAUGAUGCGCCCAAUAUUACUCAAAAAAAGAAAUCUAAAUAUUGGGAUUUAGAAGUUAUAAAUGGGGUGGGUCAUGUUUCAAACAUGCGUUUAGUGGUGUAUGAUGUGUUGCUUGAAUCUCCUAAUGGAACAAGGAUAAUAACAAGAUGGAAUGGCCGUCAACCAGUGGGAGAAGCAGCUGGUUUUUUAGCGAGUUUUUUGGGUACCCUUGCUAGAAUGUAUAGAGACUUUCCAAUAAUGUUUGAAAGUUGGGACAAAAUUCCAGAGAAAACAAAAACUAAAGUUUAUGAUGAAAAAAUAAAGACAAAAUUUGUUGUUGAUGAUGGAGACAACAAAAGCUAUAUUUUGACAAGUAUUGGAAGGAAAUGGAAGGAUGAAAGAUGUCGGUUGUUCAAGGAACAUUAUAAAUGGGAUCUCCCAUUAGAAGUGAAUCUUGCGAAUUAUCCACGUCAUAUUGGCCCAACCGAUUGGGCUCUUUUUGUAGCAUAUAGGCGGAAGCCGGACACGCAAAAGAAGGCGCGAAAAAAUGUAGCAAAUAGGAAAAAACUAACGACCCCUCAUACACUAGGAAAAAAGUCUCUUGCGAGGAAGAAAGAUGAGUUGGAAGUGAAAGAUGGUCGAGAAUACAGUAGGGCAGAAAUGUUUUCAGUUUCUCAUAAGGACUCCAAAGGGCUAUAUGUCAAUGAAGAGGCCAAGAAAAAAGCUGAACAAUUGCAAAUUGAAAUGCAAAACACUCCUGAGAAUGAAGCAUUUGUCAAAGUGUUUGGAAAAGAACAUCCUGGAUAUGUGCGUUCUAUGGGACUUGGGAUACCACCAUCUCAAAUCUCUACUUCUCACCGUGCUAGAGCGACAUCUUCCUUUGAGGCUAAUGAGAAGAUGUUGAAAAUGCAAGCCGAAAUCGAUUCACUUAAGGAUAAGGCUUCACAAGUUGAUAUCUUGAAGGAACAAGUGGCAUUUUUGAUGCAAAUGCAGAAUUCUAGAGAAAAACAGCCAACAAACACAGAAUCACCAAGAGAUGGUGUGCGCUCCUCCGAGUCUAGUUACCCACCUUGAGAAUCAUGAGCAACAUCACUAGGGAUAUUUAGAUAAAUAUUAUGAGCUAAUGAUGAUGUACUUUUUUGUAAAGUCAACCAUUGAAAUUCACUUGUAUUUUGGUUUUUGAACGUUUA